UUUCAAUUCAUGAAGAAAAUCCAUUGAACAUUUUCUCCAUUGAGGACAAACUCAGCUGUUCACUUAUAUGACAUCAUCAUUGUUUUCUAAAUAUAGUUCUCCUUGUACAGAGCAUGCGCAAGCAAGGAACAGCCAACAGACAAAUCCGCCAUUCUCAUUCAUCAUUGCUAGUCUUUUACAAUGUUUUUGAUAAGUUUGUUUUUUAAAUUGUUAUGAUGUUUUAUAAUUUGUGAUUCAAUGGAAAUAACAAUGGUUGAACGGUAGAGGCGGCGUGUUGUGUUGGAAAAAGGGUAUACAAGAGCAAGGGAUACACGAGACACAAUGGGCACGUUUCUGGACAAACCGAAGACUGAGAAGCACAACGAGCACGGAUGCGGCAACGGGCUGCGGUUCGGGGUGUCGAGCAUGCAGGGCUGGCGGGUGGAGAUGGAGGACGCCCACUGUGCCAUCACCGGGUUGGGGGAGGGUCUCGACGAUUGGUCCUUUUUCGCGGUGUUCGACGGCCAUGCAGGUGCCGGGGUGUCGGCCCACUGUGCCAAACAUCUGCUGGAGUGCAUAGUGGCCACAGAGGAGUUCCAGCAAUCUGCAGUGGCCGACGGCAUCCGUUCGGGGUUCCUGCAUCUGGACGACCGCAUGCGCGAACUGCCGAAGCUGGCUUCGGGUGAGGACAAGUCGGGCUCGACAGCUGUUUGCGCGCUGGUGUCGCCGCGACACGUGUAUGUCGCCAACUGCGGCGAUUCGCGCGCCGUGUUUUGUCGCAACGGCGCCCCGGUGUUCGCCACCUGCGAUCACAAGCCGGUGCUGCCCGCCGAGAAGGAGCGCAUCCAGCAGGCGGGAGGCAGUGUCAUGAUUCAACGCAUCAACGGAUCGUUGGCGGUGUCGCGCGCGCUCGGUGAUUACGACUACAAGAACGUGAAGGGCCUGGGGCCGUGUGAACAGCUGGUGUCCCCCGAACCCGAGGUGUCCGUGAUCAACCGUGUGGCCGCCAGUGACGAGUUUCUGGUGCUCGCCUGCGACGGCGUCUGGGACGUGAUGUCCAACGAGGCUGUCUGCGACUACAUUGGCUCGCGUCUCGCCCUCACCACUGACCUCGAGGCCAUCACUAACGAUGUUAUCGACACUUGCCUCUACAAGGGAAGCCAGGACAACAUGAGCAUAGUGCUAGUGGCAUUCCCUGCCGCUCCCACUCCCUCCCCGGAGGCGAUUCAACGCGAGAAAGAGCUUGAAGCCUGCAUAGAGAGGCGAAUCACUGAUAUAAUUUCAGAAAAAGGAGAAAUAGAUUUUACCGAGCUUGUACAGAGGUUGUAUGAUGAAGAUAUACCGAAUUUACCUCCCGGAGGAGGCCUACAUGCUAAGCGAAAUCUGAUCCAGACGUUGCACAAGAGGAUGUGUCCGAGCAAAGAAGACACUGAUGAAACGAAAGAGAAUUGAAUGUACUAAGAAGGAGACAAAUUCUCGUAUGGUUAGACUUGUGAUGGAUUGUGGAUUUGAGCUGGAUCGAGUCAACAAAGUUUACUGAACAUGACAUAGUGAAAUCUAUUAGUUACGUUAGGGCUAACGCAGGUCUAUGUAUAGUUGAAUGUUAUGCAAAUGCGAGUUUGAAUGUAUUUGUUUUUAUUUUUAUUUGUAUGAUAGAAUACUGUGCUAAACAAAAGUUAUGAGGUACCGGUUCAUUAAGUAAGAGUGCAUGUGUGAGUGUGUGUGAACAGUUUCUGUAUUAUCAAGUAUUUUAUGAAAUGAGUAUGAGAACCCUACUUCAAUCCCAGUUUAUUUAAAUCACAAUACCUUAUUGUUACCUCCAUUUUUCAUUGUAAGUCAGUUUAGACAGCAUUUUGAAUGCGUAACAAUAUUUUUAUAAAGAAAUGAUGAAAAAAACUAGAUGCUAAGAAAUUGAAAAUAAUAAAACAAUGGAGAAUAAUAUGUAAAUAGGUCCAAUAAUUUUUAUUUUGAAUGAUAUGGUUUACUUAAUAGUUUGGCAAUAACAUUCAGUUUCACGUGUACAUAACUCAAAUAUUGAUGAAUGAAUUUUCAAAUACCUAUUGUAAUCACUUUUCUUAACUUUCUAUU